AUGAUAGAGGAGUUUCGUCGGUCCACUAUCCAGAAAAUCCGAGAUCAUCCUAAUUCUCAGAUUUUGUUCGAACUUAUUUUUAAACGAUUGAAAUUCGAAGAUCUCGCUCUAAUUGCGCCAAUCGUUUUGGAGAAAGUUGAGGAUGGAUACGGCAGUUUCGAUUCUCUCUUCAGCCCCGAAUUCUCGAGUUACGCUCUCAAUCGUCAUUACAAAAGUGAUGCUAUUCUGGCGCUUGUUGGGGAAGAAUUUCAAAGAGAAAAUAAUAGAAAACCUGAAACACUGUCAGAAGUCGCCCAGAUCAUUCAAAAAAGAAUCGAUUUGAGAAACAACAGGAGAAAUUUGAAGAUAAAGACAACAAUCGACUUCAGCACGGAUAAAUCGCGCGUCGAAUUUUCCCGAUCAUAUCUUAUCAAAAUCAACGAAUCGAAGCCGAGGCACUCUCCGCUGACGAAAGAUGAUGUCCUUCUUUUCAAAAUAAACCGGGAAAAUUCCAAUCCGAAGCUUCAACUUGUCGAUCCGUCGUUUUUGACUCAAUAUGAUUACAAAGACUUAUCGUUAUUGGUCUCAAAGGGGCUUAAUUUAGAAAAUCUUAAAGGAAUUAAAAGCUAUGAAAAUGACAAAUGCAUAUUGCUGGUCUCCCAGUUGCAUGACUUUGCACAUUCACUCGACUACAAUAUUUCUCGACAACGAGCUUGGCGAAAUCUCAUUGAUAAUCCCAAAAGAAACAUUCACCCCGUUCUUAUAGAGAAUCGACAUUUGGAGAACAAAGAAAAGUAUGAAAUGCCUAUGACAAUUGAGUUUUUCAAUUUUGCUGACGGCAACAACAAGUUGAUCUGGGCAUAUGAUUUUGUCCUCAGACUUCCAUAUUACGAUUACGACUUUGCAGAAAUAAGAUUUAUCGAUGAUGGCUUGUGGCUUUUAUUGAUAGAAUUAUUCUAUCAGGAGGAGAUCGAAAAGAUACUCUUCAUCAAUCUUGAGAAAGAUGAAGUUAAGUCCUACAGAUUACCGCAGGAAUUCUCUGUAGAGUCAGCAUUCUACGGUUAUAACGAAUCCUCUCUUUACUUUCUUAGAGAAGCAGACAUCCAAUACCAAUAUCAUUCGAACUGUGAUCCAAACGACAGAGAUAAAUUUCUUAUCUUUGGAUAUUUUAAAAAUGAAGAUUCUGACGAUUCCGGAGGAUAUCUUGAUUGUCUGGAGUAUAUUUGUUUCUUCGAACGAGGGAAAUUGACGAAAGAAUCAGUCCUCAAAAUCGGAACCAAGGGAUUUAUGCAUCUUGUCUUAAAUAAAAGGGAAACCAAAUCGAAGGUCUUCACGAUUACGAUAGACGAGAUCAAGAAACUUCUUCUCGGGGCUGAUGAAAUCACACGUGCACUCGGCUUUCCUGGUAUUUAUGAUCCUGAUGAUCCUGAUCACUUGGAAAUACCAACAUUACCACUUAUCAGACUUGAUGAGUUAUGCAUCAAAAAAUUCGAAGAUUUAUCCGAAAAUUUAGAUCAAGAGCAAUCUGACUGUAGUGGUUUUACAGAAUUGCUCUAA